AUGAAUUCCAAAACAAAUUCUAGUCCACACCAAAAUAGUGUUCAAAAAGGAAAUCAUGAUAGCAGUUCAGAUGAUGUAGUUGAUAUGUCCACAAAUGAAGACAAUGUCACUGUAUACCUGGAGAAAACAAAUUAUCUGAAAAAUUCUGAAGGAAUUGCAGAACCAUCAAGCACUAAUAUUCCUCAAGUUGAGGAAGUUUCAUCACUUACUCAAGUUUUUAAAUUACUACUAGAGGAAGAAAAUUAUUUGAGUCAGUUUAGUGAGGGUACAUUAGCAAAAUUCUAUACAUAUAUCACAGAAAACACUGGUGUCAACUUAAAAACAUCUUUUGUGAAAGACCAAGGUCUCUAUAUAACAGUGUUUGGCAACCCAGAAUCUGUCAUAAAAGCUGAGAAUGCAAUUUUUGAAUGGUGUCAAGAACAGGGUUUAACUUUAAGUCUCAUUUCCAAAAAAGAAAAUCACUUUGUUAUAGACCAGACUGGAGAAAACACACAAGAUUUGGAACGAGAAAGUGAAAUAAAUUCUCAGAUCUUAAGUCCACACAAUCAGAGCAACUGUGUGAAUAGUUCAAAACAGGCAGAGUUGAAAUCUUCAGAUGGAAGUCAACCUACAUCUGCCAACGGUAGCAAGGAUGAUAUUCCGCCAUCAGAAAUGGGGAAAACAUUUAAUUCCCUGACUGCUGAGCCAUACCCUGAAGCAUGUGACAUUUUCCAAGAAUCAGAGGGACAUGUCCCCUUUCCACUGGCUAGUGUCGAGGAGACAGAUAUUAAUGAAAGACAACAACAUGUGGAUCAGAUCAAUUGUGAAAAUGAAAUGACUGAGAAGACAAAUACUAUAACUGAGGAUGUGAUGAUGAACUUUCAAGACAAUUAUACCAUAGGUCUCAAAAGAAAUUUUCUGGAGGAGAUCCUAGAAACAACUGGAGAUUCAACAGAGCCAUCACCUUCUGAGAGCCUAUCGGAUUCUAUGUCACAACAUAGUGAGCCUGAGAGUUCAGGGGAGAUAUUUAAUGAAGUUGGUUGCAAUGAUGAUGAUUAUUUUGUUUCUUCUAUCUGUGCUCCUUCUUGGUUACACAGCUUUAUUAUAGGUGAGAAAGGUGAGAACAUAGCUGAGAUAACAAAUAGUGUGCCAAAGGUUCAUAUAUACUUUACAUCUGAAGACAAAAUUAUGCUCAAAGGACCAAUAGAUGAUGUAAAUUAUGCUCAAGAAAAAUUUGACAUCAUUGUCAAUGACCUACUUAGUAGAAUGGAAUGUACUGAGAUAAACAGUAGCAGUAAGUUUUAUAAGUACCUUACAGGGAAUAAUGGAGAGAUCCUAAACAGAAUUACAGAGAAAAACCAAGUCUCUAUCUCAGUGUUUCCUGAAAAUGAAAUGAAUCAUUUGAUCCGAAUUGAGGGAGAAUCUUUGGGUGUUCAACAAGCCAAAAGAGAACUCCUUGAACUCGCUAAUAAUUUGGAAGAGGAGUACAGCCAGGACAUAAUCAUCAAACACCAAUUUCACCACAUACUUAUUGGACAAAAAGGUGAAAGGGUUCGUGAGAUCUGUAGGAAAUUCCCUGAUGUUAUCCUCAAUUUUCCACAUCCUGCAGAGAAAAGUGAUGUUGUCCAGCUGAUAGGUCCAAAAUAUGAGUCAGAAAAAUGUGCACAGUAUUUGGAGAACAUGUUGACAGAUAUUAAAGGAAAUAACUAUACUGUAAGUAUUCCAAUCACAAAAAGGCUUCACAAAAGGAUAAUUGGAAAAGGAGGUUCAAAUAUAAAAAUAAUCUCUAAAAUCACCAACACCAAGAUUAGUUUCCCACCAGAAAAGUGCAACUCAGAAGAGUUUGUCAUUACUGGAUAUCCAGAAAACUGUGAAAUUGCACGUAACUGGAUUCUUUCAAUUCAGCAAGAGAUAGCUGAUACUGCAGAGGAGGAAAUUUUCAUUCCUCCUAAUCUAUACAAAUAUCUGACUAAUCCCAAAGAAUGUUUGAUCAAUUCAGUCAUAGAAGAAUGUGGGAAAGUUCAUCUGCAUUUCCCAAAAAACAAGUCUGGCCUACAUAAACUCAUUAUCAUGGGGUCUGUUGAAAGUGUUGAAAAGACCAAAACAAAGCUUCUGAAACUGGCAGAAGAAGAGCAAGCCAAGAAUUACUCUGGGACUGUCCAUGUCAAACCACAAUAUCAUCAGUUUCUUAUGAAUAAAAAUGGAGGCAAUAUUUCCAAACUGUGUGAAGAGACUGGAACUUGUGUCAUUUUCCCUAAUCUUAAGAACAAGGAUGAAGAUUCCAUAACAAUUACAGGAACUGAAGAGGGUGUUAAAGAAGUACAAAAACGACUAGAAGUUUUAAUUAAAGACUUAGAAAAUGUGGUGGAGGAUAACAUACUAAUAAAUCGCAAAUUUCACCAUUAUUUUGUUAUGCGGAGGGGCCAGCUUUUAAGGGAAAUGACAGAGGAGUAUGGUGGCGUGGUUAUUACAUUCUCUUAUGCAGGAAAGCAUAAUACAAAAGUCACAAUAAGAGGGGCAAAAGCUUGUGUUGAGGCAGCAAAGAAACACAUUCAGGACAUUUUUGAGCCUUUGGGCUCCCAAGUUACAACGCGGUAUGUUAUUCCCCAAAAGUUCCAACCUUUUAUCAUGGGACCAAUAUGUUCACGAAUUCAACAAAUUGCAAGAGAUUAUAAAGUUCAAAUCAAAUUUCCAGACAUAGACAAGCCAGUCAUCAAUAUGGACCUAGGUAUGCAGGAAAAAUGCAAAGAAAAGUGGAGAAGGACCCCUAAAGAUCUUGUUCCUAAUUCCGCAAAAAAAAGUGACACCAUAUUUAUAUCAGGCCAAGUGGAAAAUUGCAAGGCAGCUACUGAAGCUAUUGCAUCUCUAAUUCCUGCUACUGCUGAAGUUCAUGUGCCCUUUCACCUACAUCCUUACAUCAUUGGGCACAAAGGAAGUGGCUUACGUAAGCUCAUAAAAGAAUUUGAAGUUCAUAUCCAAAUAUUACAACCUGGAAUAAAUGCUGAUAUCAUAUCUAUUAUGGGCCUUGAAGCAAAUGUGGAACAAGCCAAGAUGAGGUUACAAAAACGAGUCAAGGCUUUACAAACGGAAAUAGAAGAUCGGACACUAAGAAAUUUUAAGCUAAUAUUCAAUCUAGAUCCCAAAUAUCACUCCAAGAUCACUGGUCAUAAGGGUUUACUUAUUGCUCAGAUUUGCACAGAGCAUGAUGUUACUAUCCGUUUUCCAAAGAAAGGAAGUCAUGAAAUACAAGACCAAAUCACUAUUACUGGCUAUAAAGAGAACACUCUAGCUGCUCGAGAUGCAAUAAUGAGAGUAUUGCAUAAGAUCGAAAAAACGGUUUCUAAGGAAAUCCCACUAAACCACCAGGUUCGUGGCAGUGUUAUUGGAUUCCGUGGAAGAACCAUCCAUAGAAUCAUGGAUCAAUACCAAGUAGACAUACGUUUACCUCCAAAAGGGUCAUAUAAUCCUAAUAUCACCUUGACUGGGCUCUCUGAUAAUGUAAAAAAUGCAAUUGAACAUAUACUCAAUCUUGAAAAGUACUAUCUGUCAGCUGACAUGAGCCAUGAACCUCAGCAGGAGCAUAAGAGCGUCUCCCUUUGCAAUAUAGCCAUGACACCAUCCAAGAGUUUUGUAAGAAAAUAUGUUCCCUGUUAUGCUAAAACAACCACAAAGCUCCCAGAUGUGGAUAAUUGUCAACACUUUCCCAGAUUAAAGCAACGAAUGCCUUCUAAGACUCAUCCUUCAAAACUGUAA